CGGAGGAAAAACGGGGAAAUCUGCAGAACCAAAAUAUCAUUUACAUAAAUAACUGCAUGUUUCUGCUACAUUAGCUGUUCAAACAUGAUGUCCUGAUUCCAUGCAUUUGCAUUCCAUUUCAUCGCAAUCCCUGCUAUUCCUCUGUGGGUGCAUGUGUUUGAGGGGGUCGUCCCCCUUCCUCCUCUUCCCCUCCUUCCAGAUCCUCCCCCCCGUCUCAACACUCCCUGACACAUUCUGACACUCCGAACUCCUCUUCUCCUCCAGCAGACUGAGAGGAUCAAAGGGAAAGGAGAGGAGCAUCCUCAGCAUCACGGACCAGCAUCUUCCUCUCUGAGGCUCCCGCCGUGGGGUCUCAGCUCUCCAUCUCCCUGCCCCCCUCCCUGGCUCCCUACCUCCCCCGGGCGCUGCUGGGAGCUCCUGUGCUGCUGCGGCGCAGGAGGAUGUCUCGCAGGGAGUCUCCACCGCCGCCUUCCCCACCUCCACAGAUGCUGGGAGUGCAGAGGGGGGAGUGCGAGGACCGUCCAGAGCGGGCGGAGCCGCUGUCCGACGCCGAGAUGGAGAUCAUCCAGCACACAUGGGGGCACGUCUACAAGAACUGUGAGGAUGUGGGGGUGUCUGUGCUCAUAAGGUUCUUUGUCAACUUCCCGUCAGCCAAACAGUAUUUCAGCCAGUUUCAAGACAUGCAGGAUCCUGAGGAGAUGGAGAAGAGCAGCCAGCUCCGGCAGCACGCCCGCAGGGUGAUGAACGCCAUCAACACAGUGGUGGAGAACCUGCAAGACCCCGAGAAAGUCUCCUCAGUACUGGCCUUGGUGGGAAAGGCCCACGCUGUCAAACACAAGGUGGAACCCAUAUACUUCAAGAUCCUGAGUGGCGUGAUGCUGAGCGUGCUCUCAGAAGAUUUCCCAGAAUUCUUCACGGCAGAGGUGCAGCUGGUGUGGACCAAACUGAUGGCGGCGGUGUACUGGCACGUGACCGGCGCCUACACCGAAGUGGGCUGGCUCCAGGUGUCCAGCUCGGCGGUGUGAGGAGGAAGUGAGACGAUGCGAGCGAGGGGAAAAUGCAGUGAGGAGUUUAGCGCUGCAGGUCGUGGAACGUCGCUCGACGCCGCUCUGUGUUUUGGUGCUAAGCUCCACCUGCUGUGGUGUUUCCACGCCGCGGGGGAUCAGCCGGACACCAAACAAUGUAGCCAGAAGUCCACUUCACUUUUAGCCCGCGCGAGCUCCUGUUUGUGUAAUUAGCAGGUGAAAUGAUCUCUGAUGUCGACUGUUGACUUCUUCUGCUGUGAUCCGUGUUCCUGUCAGAGAACGGCUGAGUGUUUGAACAACUUCAUUAAACUUUUGCAGCAGAGAGGAUUUUGAAAAGCAAACUUUAGCCAAGACAAAGAACAACUACAAGUAAUAGGUUUACCACUUUGGGUGUAAUUUAUCUUUAACAGGAAUUGGAGUUGGGCAAACAUUGAAUCUAAAGGGAUUUUACCCAACAAACAUCAACCAUUUUAAUGCAAGAAAUCUUAUCCAAUCAGUUUUUUACCCCAAAAGCCUGAUUAGCAGCAGUUGUGCCACAUGGAAUAAGUUCUCGAGUGAGGUCAACCUGAUUACAGGUUGUCUCCUUGUAGAAACUUUAAGACUUUUGCUUCUGGCUCUUUGCAGGUUUAUUUUCCUCUGACUUGGUUUCAUUUAUGUAGCAACCGCUGUGACAAAGUUUCCUUUCUGUGCAUGUGCAUGCAGCUACAGGUUUUCAGUCGGUCAGAUGCAGAUUUUUGCUGUUUAUGGUCAAACUCAUGAGUUGCACGUUGCUGAUCGGAGAAGACGAGCAACGAUGGUGACACAGUUACUUUUUGUUGAAUGUUACCACAAACUGAUUCCAGCUUUCUUUGAAUGAAAACAUUGUUUAAAAAAAAAAGAAGAGAAAAUCCUGUUUCUGGUUGAGGUUGUGUUGAGUUUCCCCCCCCCAUUUUUCCACUCAAGCAAGUAUGAUCAUUUCCCAACCUGUGUGUGGAUAAAUGGACACCAAGAAAUUGCAAAAAUUAGACUACAAUCAAUCACAGAAUCUGGUUUGUAUCCAGUGGGGUCGGCCCUUUGGCUGUAUCGAGAACUGGAGUGAGUGAGUCCGACAUCACCCCUUUACUUCCAGUUUUAACAAAAUUAAGCUAAUUCAGUUGCCUUUUCUUUUUCUUUUUUUUUUUUGGAGCCAGACGUCAGUAAGCAGUUCAAGUUGUUCAGAGUCAUAGUUUCUAUGACAACCACUCUCUUCAAUCAGGUGUGAGCUAGUUAGAAGCAGGCUACUGUCAAACAUAUUAAUGUUGGGUUUUGGGGCCUGCAGGCUCCGCCCACUUUUAUUGAGGUAUCUGAUUGGUCUCUUUAUGAUUUGUACAAAACUUGACUUCAGAAUAGUAUCAUGAAAAAAAAGAGGUUUAUCAUGAACAUGUUAGAAAUGGGUAUCAGAGCCAGAAUGGUUAUUCUGACCAAUAGAAUCAACAGCUGUUUAUUUGUCUAUAGAAAGUCUAUGAGGUUUUGUCUUCUUGGAGCCAGUGGGUACUUCCUGUUUGGAACACCAGGGGGGUGGGGUUACUCAGUCCAGUUCUCAUAUACAGUCGAUGGUUUGGACUCGCAUAAUUGGAUGUUUGCCAACAGGCACACAUAAGUGGACAGCCUGUGUUAUGGGUCCAUCAUUUUUCAUUCCUGCUUUUAGCUGUUAAGGGUUGUUUGAGUCAAAUUUACAGAAAAUCACGCGUUCUGAAAAGCUCAACCAUCUUUCUAUGAGACGAACCAAAACAAAUAUUCAGUUAUUCUAGUCAGUAUUUAAUGAUUAGUUUAAUAUUGUCAAAUUAAACUUGCUUUAACGAGCAGAUGAAAGCCAAAGACGCCCAAGAAAGCCUCCACAGAACCAGGGAGGACAUGCAAAGUCCAUACAGAAAGCCUUUAAAUUAGAUUUGAACUGGGAACCUUCCUCCGCCAAGGCCUGGGGAUUUCUAGCAAGUUAUUCUAUUUGACAAAUAUUUUUCUAGAUUGAUUUAGUAAAGAUGAAUCGUCUCUGGUGUCCCCACAUGCUACUGGUUGAGUUAUUGGUCUGCGGAACGUUGUGACGCUGGACUUCACUGACAGUUUCUUCAAUGAUGAUUAGAUUCCAUUUCCAAUUCAGUUCAGUUCAAUACUGAUUCAAAUUUUGAUUUUAAAUCUAACAUUGGCUUUCCAGUUAAGGAGAUUUUUCACAUUUUAAGCUACACAAAAGGAAAAAUUGCGGCACCAGGAUUAAUGCAAUUAACAAUAAACAUCAAAUUCAGAUUUUUAAGAUUUAGUGAAAACAGAUCAACAAAGUCAUCUAACUUAAGUCAAGACUGAGUCCUUCAAUUAAAAAAACGUAUGAAUCCAUUCAUCCAGAUUUUGCAGAUUGUUUUUUUAAGAUAAGCUUAAAGUCUGGUUGUUUUAGUUGCUGAGCUACAAUCAUGCUGGCCUCUCAGCUGGGAGAGAUUUGGUUGGCAACCACCUGAAGAGGAAGUUGACAUUUGAACAUGUGGGUUAUUUCUAGAUACUUUAAAUCCAACAGAACGGCACACAAAGGCUGCACUUUUGGAUGUGCCUCGUCUUAUACGGAAAGAAAGAAGAGAUUAGAUUUUUUAAGCUGCGGAAAAGAAAAAUCUGGGCUUUUUAAGCCACAGCUAUGAGAUAACAGAGCUGCUGACUGUUAAUAGAUCCUCUGUAUUCAGCUACUAUAUAUAUAUAUCCUCAUGUUUGAUAGACCUGCAGCCCAACAUUCCUCUCUUAGUCUCAUAUCUGAUGUCUACUGAAGAGUUGUGUGUGUGCAGGAGCACAGCGGACAAAUGUGCAUAUUCUUCUGUGUUUGUUUACAAGUGUUGAAGAGCGGCGUGAAAGUCUCGAUUGUCCUGCUCCUCUCAUCAUCAGCAUCGGCUUUUUUUAAGCUGAAAGUGAGGCGGAAGAUGUCAGCGGGUGGACACGAUUGGCGACCACACGUCAGGCGUGCGAUGAAACGUCUCCUGCAUGGAUGUUUAAAGAACUGUCGGGUAGUUUACCUUGUUAAACUCUGUCAGAGAGCUGCGCUGCUUUAAAAGCUGCAUUAACGGCUACAAAUCCUCCCUGGAGGUCUAUUAAAAUGAUUUUUUUAAAGCAGGUUCAGGCUAAGAAAGCCCCACUAACUUUACCUUAUUUGACUCUUCUUUGGAUUGCGUUCACUCUCACCGCCAGUCCUCCUCUGUGGCUAAUUCCCAAACAUACCUAGCAAAUCUGUUUAGAAUGGACAUUUGAUCCAAUCUAGAGUUUACAUCUGCCCCUGCGACGUCCUCCACAUCCCAUCUGAUCCUCCCUGGCAUCAGCAUCUGGCAUUAAUAGGGAAUAUAAUGAGUUUCCUCUGCUCGUCAUUGGGUCAUCCAUCUACUUUAACCUCCCAUUGCUUCUGCUGGGAUCUUCGCGACCGACUGCUAAAGCAAUUAUGCCCGGACAGCUGGUUUUCCAACCCGCAGCACCGUGUCGACCAUUAACGGCCAAACACUUUAGAUGGCGUCCAUUCAGGAGAAAAUGAGAUCAAUGAAGCAGCAAUCAAGAACAAAAACCAGAGAUAAAAUGCUGAUGUGAUGCUCUAAUGGACACAAUGACAGUUUCCAAACUUUUAAUUUAACUGAAUUCUUCUGGAAGACAUUUUCCAGAAGGCUGACAGGGUCUGAAUGCAAAAGGACAAAAUGUUCGACCGCUAUUGACAGGAAGUCAUCGUGACUGCUUUAGAUGUUACAUCUGGUCUGAACUUCAGUGGCUGGAAAAAAAAUUUUUAUGAACUCCAAAUGUAAAUUAUACUUUAAUACACAAAAAGAACAUAUCUUCAUACUAACAGGGAGACCCAUUGGCAAUAUAAACAUAUUUUUCCAACCUGAAUAAAUGACUAACUGUAUGAAAAACAAUAUUGAUUUAUGCUGUGCAGUCUGGCUUGGCCAAAAUAUCAGUUUCAGUUUUAUUUUUUUAAAUCUCAGAUAAAUACAUAGUCAUAUAGAUAACUAUAAUCAAAGACCACACUUUGGAUUUAACGGUUAUGAUUGCAAAUUUCAUUCAUUCAUUCAUAAAUGAAAGAAUGAAUGAUUUCAAAGUUUAUAUUUCCCUUUUUAAAAAUGUUGAAAGCAUUAUUAAACUAAUUACAAAAAACAGCACACAGCUUAUUUUUUUGUUCAACUGUUUUCUUAGAGUACGAGUUUUAAAAAGGGGUAAAUACAUCCCUUACCUUUACGCCAACUAAAUGUUUUUAUACUGCGACAUCGUUCUCAGUAGCCUUUUAAUUAUGAUUGUGCGGUAAUUAGCAAAAAAAGCAAAAAGCCUGCAUUGUUUUUUAAGACAUAGUUUCUGCAGAGCGGCAGGAGCUCAUUAGAAAUUUCCCUCUGAGUUGUGGGCGGGUCUGUUGGCGCAGAGCAAGCCUCUGCUAAUUUCCCAUCAAUCCUUUGCUUAUGCUCUCUCCCGCUAGCUUAUACCACCCAACAACGCCAGGAUAACAGAGUUGUUGCAUAAACUAAACUUGAAGAGAUGUUAAGGAAAAGUUUCAUAAGUUUAAACUCAAGCUGUAGCUCCUCUCUGACAGGUGAGUAAGAGCAAACAUCUCAAACUUCUCGUCAUGCUGACAGUGACGCUUCAUUGAUUCAGAAACAGUUUUUAAGAUUUGUUGCCAGAUGCCCAACAUCCGCUCUACUCUGAGGGUCAGACCUCCAGUGGUUCAGGAGGGGUUUCUUUUGUCAAAAGCUUCCCCACAAACCAUUAUCAGUUUCCACACCCGCAUGGGUCAGAUCGUGUCCCCACAUGCUGAUAGCCUCCAUCUGAACUGUACAUUUUGUCAUUUCACCUCAGUAAAUAGGGGUCCGUGGCAUAUGUGGCUCUGUGCUUUUAUUGUGAAAUGUUCCUAUGAGUCUACAGUCAUAUUUUUCUAUUGUACAUCUCUGCGGAGGUGGCUGUAUGUGAAUGCUUUGUUCGUGUUUGUGUACCUCGCUGUCUGUGGCAGCGAGCGCCGUGGCUUUGUGGAGUUUUUGCGCAUGUUUGCACAGACUUGUAACUUUACACACAAAAUCAUAACAUCAAUAAACUAUGCUUGUAUAUUUCUCAGAUCUAUCUUUUCUUCUUUAAAUAUUGAUCUGAUGUAAAGAUUGGUGAUUUGAAUAAAGAUGGGACGCCGAGGA